AUGGCAUCCUUGGCCCGCGCCGCCGCCACCGCCGCGAGAGCGGCCCUCCGCCCGGCGCCCCUCGCCGGACGCGGCCUUGGCCUCGGCCUCGGCUCCUCCCUGCCGUCUCCCUCCCCCGCACGAGCCGCCCGCAUCCUCCGCAGGUCGGCGGUGGCGGGGCUGGAUACGCUGCUGCCCCUGCACACCGCGGUGGCGUCGGCGCGCCUCAAGUCCUGCAUCGCCGUCGACUCCACCUGCUGGUGCUCCCUCUCCCAAGGUUUUAAAAAGCGCGUCUGAUCAUGGUUAGGAGCUGUGCAGCUGAGAAGUGAAGACACCAAGUUAAAAAGAUACGCUUUGCCUUUGUGACAAAGAGCUGCACCUGAAGAAACCAAUGAACAUUAGGGAUUGCAGACAUUUCGGGCUGUAAUAAUUAGAUACUUGUAAACUGACGGUGCAUCCAAACCCGUUUAAUUCUACAACGUGUACCGUCCAUGUUUUGGAGCAAGUUUGUUUGAUGCUGAAAGCUUAUAUGCCCCAUGGGUUUUUUCUCUGUAUCGUUUCAAUUUUAUCGGAUGGCCCCGGAGGGAUUGCCGCAUGGGUUUUCUGCGGUUCUUCCUUGGUUAUGCCUUUGAACCUUUCCUUGUGAAAUUUGAAACCGGCUUCAUGUGAA